AUGAAGCGUAUAAAAGGAGUCCCAGAAUGUUCGGAUGCUAGAAAUAUUAGGCUGGCGAAAAAGGGGCGGGACUACCCAGUGAAGGUGAGCGGCGUGGAGGUCGUCCCCGAUCCCGUCGUCAGGGGGGAACCGGCCACCUUCAAGAUCUCCGCCUCCACAGAUAAAAACAUCACUAAAGGGAAACUGGUGAUAGAUGUUGCAUACUUCAUUUUCCACGUCCACUCAGAAACUCAUAACCUCUGUGAUGAGACUCCUUGCCCAGCAACAGGUGAAUUUGUGCUAGCUAGCCAACAGACAUUACCAUCAUUCACCCCGCCAGGUUCUUACACCCUCACGAUGAAGUUGCUGGGAGACAGCAAUGAGGAGCUAACCUGCAUCUCCUUUGGGUUCAGCAUCGGGUUUGUUACACCAAACCCCAUCAUCUAA